AUGGCAGCGUCACUGAGCUUGACCAAAGACAAGAAGCCUGCAGCGUACACCAGCAUAAUGCGCAGGAUGACUUCGCGCGUGAACCAGCUGCAUGACGAGCUUGCACUGGAGAGUGUGACCAACAUCGAGUUCGAGCAAUCCUCGAGGCGGUCCUUUGAGUUCCUCCAAUCUCAACUUCGCACUCUCAAAGAGGCUUUCAACACCCUGACGGACACCAUUCUGGAAGAGCUCGACUUUCUGAGUGGCACCGUCCGUGGUGAGCUGUGGAGGCUGGAUGAGCGGCAGACGGGGUUCGAGAAGGCUUUAGUGCGCGACAACCAUGAGCAGCAGCUCCGCCAGCAGCAGCACACGCAGCAGAUGCAGCAGCAGACACAGCAGAUGCAGCAGCAGACUACACAGUUGCAGAGCAACUCACAGCAACUCCAACAGCACACGCAGCAGAUCCAACAGCACGGGCAUCAACUUCAUCAACAGACACAGCAGUUUCAGCAUCACACGCAGCAGCUGCAGCAACACACCGCGCAGCUGCAGCAAAUGACCUCCCAGAUACAGCAGCAGCUUCAACAAAGCCACCAAGUCACCCAGCAAUCUCAGCACAUCCAAAGCCAUCUGCCACAGCAACUGACACAUCAGCUUCAACAGCAGCUUCAGCAGCAGUUCGCCGCGCACGUUCAGCAGGAGCUGGCAAAGCACUCCCAGACGAUCAAAGAGACGAUGAAGGAGGAGCUCGCCACACUGACCAGCCGCGUGCAGGAACUCCAGCAGCAGCAGGAGAAGAUGGAGAAGGGAAGUCAAGCGAGCCAACAGCUCCAGCAAGACUUCCUGCGACAUCAAACAGCUUUCACCGACCUCGAGAAGCGGGCUGAGCUGAUGGCUCAGGAUCUCGACACCGUGCUGGGAGUGGUGCCCAAGGUGGAGGACACCAUGCUGAAGACGACCAGCCACCUGCAGGAGCGCAUUUCUGCGACAGCAAUGGAUGUCUCGAAGCUUAACGACGCGGUGGCGGUGGACCGCAUGAAGGCCUCCGGCACCACCGAGAGGUUGGAGUCGAAAAUGAAAGCGCUGGAGUCUGACUUGCGGGAGGAGCUGGAGCAGAAGCACCUGAAGCUGCAACGAAGCAUUACCAGGCAGAUGGAAAGCAUGAGCAGAGCUCUUAUCGAAAGCGACCGAGCGGUUGGGAUACCGCCCGGAAUGCACAUGCCCCAGCAAGAUGCUGGCUUAAUGGCAUCCCAGGGCCAGCGGCAGGUUGACUUCGACAUGCCGGGUAUGGACCCGAUGCAGCAGAGCCUGGGCGCGUUCGGGCCGUCGCGGAUACAAUGA